GGUUUCUGGGCAAUACUAUAUAAAAGGCGUCUCCUCAAUUUUGAUCUUAUAACGGGAUACACAGUCGUGAUCAGCAUCAUGAAGGCUCUGACCGCCACACUUCUCUGCGUGCUCGUAGUGGCUGCAUUUGCUGCACCCCCGAAUUCUUUGCAUGAUACUUUCAUCCCCAUCGUAGCUUCGCAGCAGGACGGACCAAAUCCUGACGGUUCAUACAGCUACGGCUACCAGACCGGAAAUGGCAUCCAAGCACAGGAGCAGGGUCAGCUUUUCAAUAUCGCCAAAGAUGAGGACGCUCUUCGUGUUCAGGGAUCUUUCAGCUAUACUGAUGACAAUGGCAAUCCUAUCAGCUUGAGCUACAGUGCCGAUGAAAGUGGUUUCCAUCCUCAGGGCGAGCAUCUGCCAAUUGCACCUCCGAUCCCCUCUGCUAUCUUGAGAGCUUUGGAGUACAAUGCCCAGCAUCCCGAGGAAGACAACCUGUAGAAGCAUUAUAGUAACGUACAGACUAUUUAGACUGAAAUUUUAUCAGUGAUACUUCGAUCUUAUAAUCUUUAGUAUUACGUGCAAAAUUAUGUGUAUCUCCUACUGUUGAUAUAAGAAUACGCGAGACGUGAAGUAUAAUACACUUAUUUAGACGAAGAAUUCGAGUCAAGAGAGAGACAAAUUGCCAAAUUAAGAUGAUAUUUUUCUCUUAUCUAUUUUACAAUACUAUAGUCUCAUUUGUCGUGCUCAAAAUAGUAGAUAUAUUAACAAAUAUUAAUUCAGUAUCAUUAUAUAUAUAAUUACAAUGAGUUAAAGAUUUCAUUGAAAAUUAAACGUAUCAAAAUUACGUGUAAUGUCUAUCACGAUUUUUGGACUUUAAAUCUUUAGCUGCAUUUAUAAUUCUAACAUAUUCAAAUAAUUUAGCAAAUUUCCUUUGGCGACAGUGUUGUCCCAGGAUUGAAUUAGUGCAGUUAAUUAGCACCUGCUGUAUCAAUUAAGGAGUCGCGUAGCGCACAUACUGUGUAUACAAAACCACAACCGCAACGUUUAUAUUAAACGUUAUUUCUGUUAACUGUCAAAAUAAACGCGUUUGAACGUUGA